AUGAAGUUGUUUGACUUGGACCCUGACCUGUUGCCCCUUUUCCAGUACAACUGCAAGCAGUUUUCCAGCCCUCAGGAGUGCCUCUCUGCCCCUGAGUUCCUGGAUCACAUCAGGAAGGUGAUGCUGGUGAUCGAUGCCGCUGUGAGCCACCUGGAGAACUUGUCCUGCCUGGAAGAGUAUCUCUGCAACCUUGGCAAGAAGCACCAGGCAGUCGGUGUAAAGGUCGAGUCUUUCUCGACUGUCGGUGAGUCCUUGCUGUACAUGCUGGAGAAAUGCCUUGGCACUGCCUUCAGCCCAGAUGUGCGGGAGGCUUGGAGCAAACUCUAUGGUGCUGUGGUGAAAGCCAUGCGACGUGGCUGGGAAACCCUUCCAGAAGGGGACUAGAUCCUGCCAACCAUCCCCAUCCCUGACCAUGCAGAGGUCCUGGGUGGGGGGAGUGCUCACACUGUGCUUUCUGCCUCUCCAGUUCUGUCUUUCUCUGUGCACCAGCCCAUCACUGUCUCUGCCAGUCAUGCGUGCUUUGGGGCUCUCCCAGUGAUUCUGCCUUGCUUUGACAUGAUUACAUCUCUGCCUUUGUGAAGGGCUGGCAGGGUACAUCUCUGUGAGCCUAGGAGUGCUGCAGCACAGGUACUCUGCCCUGCCCCAAGUUCCUUCAGGCUAGCUGAAGCAUCAGCACCCAGGUAUCUACUCUGAUUUUAAGCUGGCUCAUCCUCCCUCCUCUUGCUACCCGCCCUAGUAAGAUGACAGCUGGUGUAGGCCUCUCAGGUUUAUUUGCCUGAGCUCCUAUUUGCUUAUUUACUCAAGACCUGCUAGAUCUGGCACUGCUUGCUCCUCCUGCUCCGCUGUGCCCGGUUCAGCUGUGGCAAUGAUGGAUUUGGCUCCCUCUAGGGCCAGGGGCAGCAGAGGUGGGAGCUGGCUGUGCCAUGCAGCCAUCCUCUCCAAACCUUGUGGGGAGCUUUUCCCUCUCUCCCUUCACCUACAUGUUACUACCGGAUCAUUAAUCCUGGUAGUAAUCUCUUCUGCCUUGCCUAUCCCCUAGAGGGAUCCAUGGCUUUUCCUCAUGCCAGGUUGGCCACAACUCUGUGUUUCCUAGGGAAGCUUCAAGCAGUGGAGUCACGUUAAUCCCAGUGAGGCUGCUUUUAGCAGGUCUAGGCUGCCAGCUGAAAGGCUUUGUGUUGGUUUGGCUGGUUGGUUUAAUCUUAGAAGCAGCUGAAAUGCAGCAGCAGUGGUGGCUCUUUACUGCUUUGUGUAAAGGAGAAUAAAGUAAAAACAAGGAAAAGAUGUCUUAAAAUGAAGGUUGCAAUCAUGUCAUGGCAACAGCUUCCAGAAAUCAUUCUGGCUUCUGGCCAGAAGCAGAAUAGCUGGAAUUUCUCUGCUGAUGCUGUCAGGACCUGGAGUGCUUUCCAACUGCACACAGUGCCCAUCUGCAGAGCUCCUCAACUUUUAGUAGUCCCUCCCAGCUGUACUGGAGACACAGCCACUUUGGAGUACAGUCAGGCACCCAGUUAGGUGUGUGCAGCACUGCUAUAGCGGGACAGGAGUGAGAAGACAGCAUCUGCUGGAAGAAAUCCCAAGAAAUGGCUGCAAGGCAGCACCUGAGGGCUCUGGGGGGAGCUGAGCUUGAGCACUUUGAAGAAGAGUUCAUCUUUAUGGGGAAAUCACUGUGGGAUAGGCAGAACCAUGUUUCCAGAUACCACUAGCCCCAGGGCAAAGACAGAGCGAGCAAGCAGUUACAGGGCAGCAUGCAUUUUUGCUGCUCCAGGGCAGGAGUAGCCCAGCACUGAGGGCUGAGAUGGUUCUGUUCUAGAGACAUGUUCUUCCUAUACUCAAACCUCCUCCACUCUGGGGCAGGAGAGGGCUUCCUGCUCCUUGCAGCUGUAGCUGAGAUCUCCCAGCCCUGUGCCAUGAAGGGAAUGAUGGGAGUGCCCUGUGAGAUGGGGCUCUGCUUCCCUGCCACCAGGUCUGGUGCUGCCUGUGGGCUUCCAGCAAGCAAGGAGCCCUCCAGCUGUGUUUGAGAGGAGAGCUGAGAGGUGUUGUGGAACAUCCCCGUGUAGGAUGUUCUCUGUCCUUCCUGUGGUACCAGGCUCUGCUCCUGCAGUCCUACAGCGUGGUGUUUGCGUCCAGGCCCAUGGCUCUCUCCAUCAGCUGGGUCAGGUGAGGUCAUCCAGAUUCUUGUGCCAGGCAAUGAGGGGUGGAGGAUAUGCUAGCUGUGAUGGCAUAGUAUGGGGCAGGAGGGUCUGGGAAUGGGGGUGUCCUCUUUGCAACCCUGUUCUGGGGCAUCAGCCUUCAGCAUCACGGGGGGGACCUUCUGGCUCUGUGACAAGUACGCAGCUGUGAUGGGUGGGGUGUGGGUGUCACUGCCCCAAACCAUCCCCACUCCCUCUAGCUUUCCCAGCUCCUUGACUUCUCUGUACCAUGUUCUGUGUAACUCCCCAGAAAACUGAACAUCUGUGUGCCUCCUAUACCCAGCUGUACUGUUUAAUAA